AACAAAACCGAUAACAAGCGAGUGUUGAGUGCUUUAGUCAUCUGUUCACUCAUUGCUAUCUCAUACCUAAUGUCGACAAAGCGUUUCGGUAAACAACAGUGUCUUCUCAUCUCUGGUCUCGUUUGGGUUUAUCUCUAUAGGAGCGAUUACGGGACUGUCAGCUCAUUCAAGUUGCCGGCCUUCCUAUACGUGGACCGCAAUAUUAGGGCCAAAAUAGUCUUCUUUCACGUCUACCUCAUUAUAAUC